GUCUUUGGGUGUGGAUACUCCGUACGUUUACAAAAAUAUUUACAUGUUUGUGUCAUUGUUGCAUUUUGGUCCAAUAUGGUUUCCAAUUAUAAAAGAAAAACCAAUAGAGGGGCAUGGAAUGAGAAGAACAUGGAGCGAGCGUUGCAGGCUGUAGUAGAAAAGCGCAUGGGUUGGUUAAAGGCUAGCAGGCAUUUCCAAGUGCCCCAGGCAACACUUCGCCGCCGUGCCAUGAAUCUAAAUAAAAUAGCUGUUGGUACAAGAAAGCAUCUUGGCAACCUUAAAUCGAGAACUAGAAGAGUUUCUAGUGGAGCAUAUGCUAGCACUGGAAGCUAGAUUUUUUGGCUUAACGACCGUAGAUGUUCGUAUUUUGGCAUAAAAACUUGCAGUGAUAAUGAAGUUGAAACAUCAAUUCAAUAACAAGAAAAAAAUUGCAGGCAAAGGUUGGCUACGCUCUUUUGAACUAAGGAAUCCGAAUAUAUCUUUACGUCAGCCAGAGGCAACAUCGAUGGCACGGGCUGAAAGUUUUAACAAAUAACAAGUAAAGAACUUUUUUGAAAAUAUACGUUACGUAAUAAGUAAUAAAGAAAUCGACAAAAGGAUGAUUUUUAACAAGGAUGAGUCAGGGUUAACAACUGUACCAAAUACUUCUAAAAUUUUUGCAUUAAAAGGAAAGAAGCAAGUGGGUGCUAUCACCAGCGGGGAAAGGGGAGUGCAUUCAACUGUAGUGGCGUGCAUGAGUUCAGGGGGAACUGUAUUCCACCUGCUAUAAUUUUUCCUCGGAAGAAAUUCAACCUAACAUUAUACGACGGAGCGCCCGUUGGGACUUUAUGUAUGUACAAUGAAUCAGGUUACAUGACCAG